UUUUUUUGAAAACAUUCGGCGGGAUUUUAUUACUUUAAAAAGUGAAAAUGAGUCUUUGGGUAGAUAAAUAUCGCCCGAAAGAUUUCCAAAAAUUGGAUUUCCAUAAAGAACAAGCUCAAAACCUCAAGCGGUUAACCCAACAAGGCGAUUUUCCCCAUUUAUUAGUGUACGGCCCCUCUGGGGCAGGCAAAAAAACCCGGAUUAUGUGCCUAUUAAAAGAGUUAUACGGACCGGGAGUAGAACGUUUACGAAUGGAACAAAUGGAAUUUACAACCCCUUCAAACAAAAAGCUUGAAAUAAUGACUGUUAGUAGUAAUUAUCACAUAGAAGUAAAUCCUUCUGAUGUGGGUAUUUAUGAUCGUGUGGUAGUGAUGGAUUUGAUUAAAAACGUCGCGCAAUCUCAACAAUUAGAUAUAAACGGUCAGAAAGAAUUUAAAGUGAUCGUAUUAACAGAUGUUGAUCAAUUAACUAAAGAUGCCCAACACGCUUUACGUCGCACGAUGGAAAAAUAUAUCGCAAAUUGUCGAUUAAUUUUAACUUGUAACUCAACGUCCCAAGUUACUCCAGCUAUAAGAAGUCGGUGUCUUUCAAUAAGAGUUCCAGCCCCAACAAUCGAAGAAAUCGUUUCAAUUUUACAAAUAACCUGUAAAAAAGAAGGUUUAAACGUCCCCGUUGAGUUUGCUAAAAAAGUCGCGAUUAAAUCAAACAGAAAUUUACGCAGGGCUUUAUUAAUUUUAGAAUCAUGCCGUGUUGAACAAUAUCCUUUCCAAGAAAAUCAACAAAUUUUAGAUCCCGAUUGGUUGACUUUUAUACGUGAAGUUGCCAAAAAGAUUACUCGCGAUCAAACCGUGCAGAAAUUGGGUGAAAUACGAGGGAUGUUGUACGAAUUGAUUACCCACGAGAUACCUUCUGAUGUCAUUUUUAAGACUUUAGUGGAGGAAUUAGUGAAAAAUUGCGAUAUGCAACUUAAAAGCCAAGUUGUUGAGAAAGCUGCGUUUUACGAACAUAGAAUGAAACAAGGAAGUAAAGAAAUAUUUCAUUUUGAAGCGUUUAUUGUGUGUUUUAUGUGUAUGUAUAAGAAGUUUAUUGAAGAAGCACUUGGAGGGUUUUAAUUGUUAAAAAAAAUGUAUUCAAAUGUGAACUUGGUAUAAAAUAAAUGUAUUUUUUAA